AUGGCUGGCAUGGCUAUGCCGCUGGCGGCGCUUCCUGCGCGCGCAGCUCUGAGCCCCGCGUCCUCCUCCUCCUCCUCCUCCUCUCGCAAGCGAUCACCAUGGUUCGCGCUGCUCUCGACAGCAGCGCUGCUCAUCGUGACCGCGGUUGCCUUGGUCCGCAUCCACCCCAUGGAGAGCCGUCAGGACGUGCUUGUGUCCUCGGGGAACCUCUUUGAGACCGCCCUCGCAUCACAGCGACGAGAUCAUGCGAAGAAGCUCAAGGAGGAGGAGAAGGCGAAGAGAGACAUGCGGGAGAAGAUCGAUCACGACGAGGGCGUUCAUCAUCAUAAGCACCUGUCCGAUGCUGCCCUGCUUCGUCAGGCUGUGAAGGCGCAGCAGCGAGACGAGAUCAAGGCGCGCAAGGAAGCCGCGAGCAUGAAGCAGCAGCUGAAGAAGAGGAGCGCGAGCGCAAUGCCUACCCGGCACGAGUCUCUCUCGGACGCGAAGCUAUACCAGGAUGCCCUCAAGGAGCAGAAGGAGGACCGGCAGAAGGUCAAGACGGAGACUAAGAAGACAGCUGCUGUUCAGGCGAAGAAGAUCCAGAAGUUGAAGGACAUGAAGAAGGCAGAGCAGCAGAAGAAACUUCAGGCCGAACUCAAGUUCAUCAUCAGCGCCUCGGACGUGAGCAGUAAGAAGAGCGUCAAGCAUACUGCAGUCGCACAUCCACCAGUCAAGAAGCAUUCGGCUGCUCAUCACAAGUCGCACGGAGACGAUCUGCUGGACAAGAAGGGGGAGAUGAACCUCGUCAAGUAUCUCGACAGUCAAACAGGGUCGAGGGCAAAGCCUGUGAUCUCGGAGCAGGACGUCACUCGAGAGAAACUGCGCAAGGAGGCCGCGGAGAAGAAAGCUGAGGAGGCCAAGAGGAAGAUGAAGUCUAUCGUGCGGCUAGCGACCAAGUACCACGUCUCGAGCAAGCACAGGAAGGCUAAGGGCGACUGGGCGAGGAAGGCGAUGUAUGCUGCUGACGUGUCACUCGCGGGGAAGAAGAGCAAACGAUCCUACAUGAGGGCUGAGUUUGCACGUGCGAACGCGAUCGAGGACUCGCUGCUGAACUCGAAGCUUCGCUAG